UGUCCUUUCAUAGAAAAGAGUUUUAAUUGUCGAGGUAAUGGAAGAUUAGACGAAAACUUCAUGAAGUGGAGGUGGCAACCAGAAGAUUGUGACAUUCCAAGGUUCGAUGCAACAAAAAUGCUGGAAUUGAUGAGAGGGAAAAGGCUAGUUUUUGUGGGAGAUUCACUCAAUAGGAAUCAAUGGGAAUCCAUGGUGUGCAUGCUAAUGGGAGCUAAAAAAGGGCGCAGAAUCACCCAAGGAAAGGGCAAGUAUAAUUACAACUUUGUGGACUACAAGUGUACAGUUGAAUUUUAUACGUCCCCUUUCUUGGUUUAUCAAGGUAUGGCACGAGCAGGGAAGAAGCAGGUGAAAACCUUGCAAAUUGAUUCCAUGGAUCGCGCUUCUUCUAAAUGGACAGGAGCUGAUAUUUUGGUAUUCAACACAGCACAUUGGUGGAACGAUCACAAGACGAAUGCUGGGAUUAAUUUCUUCCAGGAAAGCGGCCAAAUUCAUCCACAUCUUGAUGUUUCCACAGCUCUCAGAAAAGCUUUGAUGACCUGGGCAUCAUGGGUCGAUAAUCACGUCAAUCCACGCAAAACCCAAGUUUUCUUUCGAAGUUCAUCGCCGACGCAUUUCAGGGGAGGCCAAUGGAAUACAGGCGGGAGUUGUGAGGAAGCCAAUGAACCCCUCAUCCAACUUUCAGGAAUUCCAGAGGAAAAAGAUAUAAUUGCAGAGGAGGUGAUAAAGCAGAUGAAAACGCCUGUGACUUUGUUGAACAUAACAAGCUUGUCAGAAUAUAGAAUAGAUGGCCAUCCAUCUAUAUACGGGAAUCAACGCUCGGGCGUACAAGAUUGCAGUCAUUGGUGUCUCAUUGCAGUAACUGACACAGUGAACAGCUUUCUGUUCGUCGAAUGCUUUCAAUGA